AUGGAGCAGGGCUGUAGCUGUGGACCCCUGACCCCGACUAUUGUGUUCCGAGGUUGGAUUCUGACCAGCACUGACCGCAGCCGCUGGAGUGUUUCUGCCGUCACCACAUGGGCUGUGGUGCAGUGGUGGUGCGAGCCGGACCGAGACAAUGAGAGCGACGAGUGCCGUGCUGCAGCCGCCCUGGGCCUGGACGCUGACUCACAGGCCCCACGGACUUCACAGUCGCACUUACAAAUGACCCUUGUUACUGCUGGGAAUUGGCAACUACUUCUGAGACAGAAGAAUGUGUGGCAUCAUGAGAACGGCUCCCCAGACAUCCUCUCUCCGAGUAGUCCUGCUUCUGUUCCUACUUCUCCACACCAGCAGGAAGAGGAAAGCGACUGUUAG